UUUUUCUUUUUUUUUUACUUUUUUGGGGGCGGUGGGUACUCGAGUCAUGAACAGCACCAAGAACAACAUUAAUUCGAGACGCGAAAGUUUAGGUUUUUUUUUUUUUUUUUUUUUUCUCUUUGCUCAACUCUUCUCCGAUCGGCGCUACAAAGCCCCUCUUUUGGUAGGAUCUUUAUUGUGCAUGGAGAAGCAAGGCGGAAUCGUCACAUCCAACCUACUUGGUAGCGCAUCACGCCUCCUCCGCAAAUGCCUUUUCUCGAUACUCUCAUUUGGCCCCAUGCCUACCCACAUAGCAUUCAUCAUGGAUGGAAACCGCAGAUACGCUAAGAAAAGGAGCAUCAAACAAGGCGUGGGUCACCGUGACGGCUUUACGACUCUCACUUCCAAUCUCAAGUAUUGCUACGAAAUGGGCGUAAAGUAUGUAACAGUAUACGCUUUCAGCAUCGACAACUUCAAAAGAGACUCUUCUGAAGUCCGGUUCUUGAUGGACUUAAUGAAGGAGAAAAUUGACGAGCUGUUAAAACAAGAUAGCGUAAUCAACAGAUACGGUGCUAGGGUUAAUUUUUGGGGAAAUUUAGACCUCUUGAGCGAGCCAGUAAGAUCAGCAGCUAAGGAAUUAAUGGCAAGCACCGCGAGCAACAAAGGCCCGGUGCUCUCGGUGUGCGUGGCCUACACAUCCGCGGAUGAGAUUAUGCAUGCUGUUCAAGAAGUUUGUAGAGAAAGGAGGGAGAGAUUACAACGAGAACACGGUCGAGUUAAUGGUAUGGGAAAUGAAACGGACAGUGAUGUUUCGGUGGCUGAUUUGGAGCAGCAUUUUUAUACCGCGGGUUGCCCGGAUCCGGAUAUUGUGAUUAGAACUUCGGGGGAGACUCGAUUGAGUAAUUUUUUACUGUGGCAGAGCACGAAUAGCCACUUGCAGAAUCCAGUCCGACUUUGGCCUGAGUUUUCUCUUCGGCAUCUUAUCUGGGCCAUAUUGGAGUAUCAGAGAGUUUACUCUUACUUAGAAGACACAAGAAAUUUGAGUAAGAAGAACGAAUGAAGCCCAUUGUUUGAUGAUUUAUAAAUGAAAUUGCACCACGAUUUAUUUGAUCGGUGCGUUGUCGAAAUUGCACUAUGAGUUUACUCUUACUGCCUGUAAUGUGUUGCAUAUUUAUCCAUGUAGUUCUUCCUAGCAGUAUAUCUGCAAAUCAGAAAAAAUGGAAAAUUGGGGAGAUUGAUGUGACUUUUAUACCUGAAAUAAGAAAUAAAUGAAGUGGUUUCUAAUGA